GUUGCAUCACAGCUCUGCUCACAGACGCACUCGCAAAUAAGAGCAGUACAACAUUUUCCCUUUAUCGAAAUAUAAAGAAGCAAAGGUGUACAAUUUGUAAAUGACAAAAUGUUACAAUUCAGGAGCUUUGAAGCCGAAAAACAUCAAUUACAGGAGCUCAACAACAGACUGGGCCAGUACCUGUCAAGAACGAAGCAGUUGGAGAAUGAAAAUGCAAUCCUGAUAACUGAAAUAAACAAGAGAAGACAAGAGAAGACGAUGGAAUGGGACAACACAUGUAUGGCCGAAAUGCGGGACCUGAGGAGAAUGUUGGGGCAACUAUCCUUCGAGAAGUCCCGAGCCGAGAUGGAACGAGAGAAGCAAUGGCAAGAGUUUAAGAUGUUACAGUCUAUGUGUUGUGAGGAGCAGGUGGUAUGCAAAGACAUAGAUGGAGAGAUGAAAGGUUGCGAGAAGCAGCUUCAAAAAGCUCAACAGACUAAUGGGGCACUUGAGGAACGUCUGUUCCAGCUUGAGAACGAGUACAGAUUUAUUGAGAAUGCACACAGACAAGAAAUUACCAAACUCCAGAGCCAGGUCCAGUCACGACCUAAUGUUACCCAAACGUAUCAUGGCCCUCCGGCAGUCUCGAUGGAAGAUAUGCAACAGUACGCCCUCAGUCUGUCCGAGGGAUGGAUGGACACAUUCGAGAUGUAUCGAAUGAAGGUCGAAGAAAUGGAGGACUCGAUCAAAGCGGACCAGAUGAGACUGGAUGAUCUCCAAAGGGAAAAGAUAGGUUAUGCCGCAGAGUUUGACAAAUUACGCAAAGAGGCUGACAAGCAAGGUCAGAUUCAACUACACCUGGAGGAACAGCUCAUAGACAUGCAGGAUAACUUCCAUGGGGACAUCACCAAGUAUCAGGUGAUUAUUGAUGAGUUGGAGAGGGAGCGGGAAAUGUUGGCCAACGCCAUGGCAGAAAAGGUCAGAGACCACCAGGAGCUCCUGCAGGUCAAGAUGGAUCUGGGCAUGGAGGUGGCUUACUACAGGGCACUUAUUGAAGGAGAGCAUCAGCAACAUCUGCAGUCAAGAGAAAGAGUCCUAGAUAUUAAGAUGAUGCCUCCACAACACUACAAAUCAAGAGUUUCCACCUCAGCCAGACAAGAUGUAAGGAAGCAUCUGGAUGUGCGAUACAUGGAACCAACUUCAAGCUUGAGAAGAUCACCUGUUCCAUCUCAGUAUGGUCGCACCAGUCCUUCCAGGGUCAUCCCUAUCUCAGUCACAGGCAGCAGCUACAAAAGGAAUCAGAGUCCUGCAGCCAGAAGGGACAUGGUCUCGUUCACUAAAUCCCAGUCUGCAUCCUCCAACUCCUCCUCCACUACUAUCAAACCUGUGGACCAGAGUACCGACAAGAAGAAUGUAGAUGCUCAGAAAAAAGUUGUGGAGGAGAGGUGUGUGAGAAUCAAAGAGGUGUCACAACACUCAACUAAGGAUUCUCUCGACCAUUCUCGAGGCACAGCAAACAAGUCCAGUCCCAUUGCCUCACCCACUGUUGUCCCCAAAUCAGUGAGAAUAGUGUCACCCCCAAUGAUGAGUCUGAGCAGAAACACGGAGGAGGACAGCAAAAAGAAAGCAGAGAGGCAAGUUGAAAGAGAGGUGAGAGGAGAUACAUUUCAUCUUCAGAAUGUCAAGAUGCAUGCCAAAGAGGGCAGCGCUACAGGCACCACAACCAGCGAUAAGAUGGUCCUAGAUUCUGUGUCUAUGGAGGAACUCAUUGAUAAGGUCAUGAAACCUGCUGGAUUGGAUCGAAUGGUCUGCACCUCAUCUCCAGACUCCAAGAUCACUUACCAUGUAGAGAAAACGGAGCAGGAGGACGGGUCAACAAAGACACAGAUUAUCCUAGAGUCCAAGGUCCAGGAGGAGCUGGAUAUGUCAGAGGACUCUGCACUGGAGGAACUGCUCAGCAAGGGAGUGAAACACGUGUCACUGGAGGAUAUCAAGGGCACUGAAACAGGAAACAUGAUUCAGAACCUGCUCAGCCUUGGGCUGUAUGGAGGAGAGGACAUGGGAAACAAGUCUGUCAAUGUGGAGAUCAUUGAGGAACCAGUGGAGGGUUACAGUGAUGAGGAGUACGAGUUUGAGGAGAAAUCCACGCCCAAGUUCUCCGAGUCCUCUUCAAUGUUCUUCCAGAUUGAAGAACUAGAGAAUGACCCCCACGGCACCAAAUACCAUGAGAGUGGUGCUGAAGUAAUGAAAACCUCCAUGACAGCUGCAAACUAUGGAAGGAAUGGUGGAUCUGUGAAGGUCCAGGAAGACUCCAGAGAUAGUGAAUCUCCAUACUACAGCCACGACCAAGAGUCUCAAGAGUAUUUUGUCUCCACACCUGAUGCCAAUCUGUCAGAGCCUGAGGAGGGUGGUGGCAUUGCGUCAUAUGGACAUUACGGAGUGGUGGACGACCUUUCAGAUGAAAGGUACUACCAGGAGGGGGGACUCUCAAAGAACAGAAUGUUUGUCGAGGAAAGCGAUAGUUACAGACCUGCGUCAGACAGCCUGUACAUGAAGGGUGACCACUCCUUGGCCCGAGAGAGUUUCCCAGAGUGCAUAAUUGAAGAGGAGACCAUCCAUGUCUCCCCCACAGUACAGGAGUCGAUGCUUGGAUACCUGAGAGAGGAAACUCUGGACCCCAAAGAGCAGCUGAGGGGAGCCCUAGAGCAGCUCCAAGGGACAGGGAGCCUGAAAGAAGAGUUGGUGCUCCUCACAAGAAGCGGCAGUGAUAGUCCUCAGAACAUAUCUGUGGAUAUCAAGAAAGUACACCAGUCCUCUGACAACGGAACCACGACUAUCGUGGCAGAGCUCAAGAGCUCAACAACUCUGGAGGACUCUGGGCUGCUGGAGGAGCAGGGGGGUGAUGUAUCUGAGGAGCAGAUCAUGGCAGCUCUACGCUCCUCCAACCCCGGCCUUGGUGCAGAGGGAGGAUACUCCUUGGACACAAAUGAGAUGUGCUGGGUGACUAGCAGUGAGGGACAGGGAGGAGAGUCCACGACUGAAGUCACUGAGAAGUACAUCAAGCUGGGGCCAUCAGAGAAGUCCUUCUCCUUCCAGAUGGAUGUGAAUAACGGCCAAGGACAGGAUCCCCCACUGAAGGUCACUCAUGAGAAAAGAGUUGCCACAGUCUAUCUUGAAUCUAAUGAAGAUGAGAUCUGAUUCAAAUUAGAUCAUUUUAUUACAUUACUCCCCAUAUUAAGCCACCCACCAGUCAAUCAGUUGCAACUAACUGUAAGGUGACAUCAUUAGUUGUGAUUCAUAAAUUGCUAUGCCUACAAUCAUGGUACAAAUUAUAGCCCCUGCCUGUAUAUCAAAACGUUUUAAUAGCAUUGAUUACGCAUUUUCACAUGAGAAUAUGUUAUAUUAAUUUCCUGCUAGAUACACUCCCCUACGUAUUUAUUUGGACAGUGAAGCUAGAACUUUUAAUUUGGCUCUAUUCUCCAGCAUUUUGGAUUUAAGA